UCUCGCGAGAUGUGGGGCUGUUGCUGGGGUCCGGUUCACGGUACUUCUUGAUACCUCGUUAAUCAGUCCCGUGAAGCCGAGAGGCACGUACAGACACGAUGGGACUCCUGUGCGUGAGUGUCGGGACAUUUCGGAACCGGGUUCGGUCGGUCCGGACGUGGAGCCGAGAUUUAUCCACUAUUUCGGCUACUUUACGCAACAGCUGCGCACGCGCGUCGAAGACGUCACCGAUCCAAAGGAGAUGUGGAGUAUUACACAGUUUCCCACUUGCUCGGUUACUUAGCUCAAACAAACCACCAAAAGGUUUUGAAAAGUUUUUCCCAAAGAGUGAAGAAAGCACCGGUGUCAACAAGUCAUCCGAAGAUGAAAGUCCUAAAGAGCAGGAAUCUCUUGUAAGGGAAGGGCAGGACCCGAAUGAUGAUGAGGAUGAAAGACAAAGAGGAAGAAAAAAGGAGGAAUCACACUGGUGGACACGUUUUCAGGCUGAUUUUCCCUGGAAUGAAAGAGCAGUUUGGAACAUUGCAAUCGGUGCAGCAGGCAUGACCUCAGCUUUUUUAUACUUAUACUUCAGAGAGACCGGCGCCCAAAUCUCCUGGAAGGACUUUGUGCACUACUACUUGAGCAGGAACUUGGUGAAUCACCUGGAGGUUGUCAAUAAACAAUAUGUCAAAGUUAUUCCUGCCCCCGGAGUGAACUCAUCAGAAGUGAACUAUUUGUGGUUCAACAUUGGCAGUGUUGACUCAUUUGAGCAUAACCUGGAGAUGGCUCAGCAAGAAAUGGGUCUGGACUGCACACAGAGAGUACCUGUAUUCUACACUAGUGAAAGUGAUGGGACACUCCUUUUCAGCAUUCUCCCAACCUUAAUGCUGGUCGGGUUUUUACUUUUUGCCACACGGCACGGAAUGGCAGGAGGUCGUGGAAGUAAGGGGGGAGGAAACCCCUUUAGCAUGAGCGAAUCCAAAGCCAAGAUAAUAAGAGACAAUAUCAGCGUUCGAUUCAAGGAUGUUGCAGGCUGUGAGGAGGCCAAAUUGGAGAUUUUGGAAUUUGUCAACUUCCUAAAGAACCCGCGGCAGUACCAGAACCUAGGAGCCAAAAUCCCAAAGGGUGCAGUGCUAUCAGGUCCACCUGGUACUGGCAAGACAUUGCUCGCAAAAGCUACUGCGGGAGAGGCAAACGUCCCCUUCAUCACUGUCAAUGGCUCAGAGUUCCAGGAAAUGUUUGUUGGCGUGGGCCCAGCAAGGAUUAGGGAUAUGUUUGCCACAGCUCGAAAAAAUGCCCCCUGCAUCCUUUUUAUUGAUGAGAUUGACGCAGUGGGCAGAAAGAGAGGCAGAGGGAACUUUGGUGACCAGAGUGAGCAGGAAAACACCCUCAAUCAGUUGCUUGUGGAAAUGGAUGGAUUCAACAGUAACACUAAUGUGGUUGUUUUAGCUGGAACCAAUCGAGUUGAUAUCCUGGAUCCAGCUUUGAUGAGGCCUGGGCGCUUCGAUCGACACAUAUACUUAGGCCCACCAGAUAUUAAAGGCAGGGCGUCCAUCUUUAAGGUGCAUUUAAGACCUCUGAAGUUGGACUCCUGUAUAGAAGUAGAGGCUUUGGCCAGGAAGCUAGCUGCACUAACCCCAGGUUUUACUGGGGCUGAUAUUGCUAAUGUGUGUAAUGAAGCUGCCCUAAUAGCUGCACGUCACCUUAACCAACAUAUCAGCACAAAGCACUUUGAGCAGGCAGUCGAGAGAGUUAUUGGAGGUCUGGAGAAAAAGACUCAGGUACUACAGCUUCCAGAGAAGACUACUAUGGCCUAUCAUGAGGCUGGACAUGCUGUGACAGGCUGGUUUUUAGAACAUGCAGACCCCCUACUUAAGGUGUCCAUUGUUCCCAGAGGUAAAGGUCUGGGUUAUGCGCAGUAUCUCCCUAAGGAGCAGUAUCUGUUCACUCAGCAGCAGCUAUUCGACAGAAUGUGCAUGAUGCUGGGGGGUCGAGUGGCUGAGCAGGUUUUCUUUCAUCAAAUCACCACCGGGGCACAUGGUGACCUCAGGAAAGUCACGCAGUCUGCCUAUGCACAGGUUGUACAGUUUGGAAUGAACAAGGCAGUGGGUCAGGUGUCCUUUGACCUCCCUCAGCAGGGUGACAUAGUUACUGAGAAACCCUACAGUGAACCAACAGCCCAGCUUAUAGACCAGGAGGUGCGCUUGCUUAUCGAUGCUGCCUUCCAGCGAACACUACGGCUUAUCACAGAAAAGAAAGAAAUGGUGGAGAAGGUGGCAAAACAUCUUCUAGAAAAGGAGAUUCUGGACAAGGCUGACAUGGUGGAGCUGCUGGGAACUCGUCCCUUUCAAGAGAAGUCAACAUACGAGGAGUUUGUUGAAGGGCUGGGGGAAUGUGAUGAGGACACCUCUUUACCUAAAGGGCUAAAGGACUGGAACAAGAACAAAGGGGGUGAAAAACACCAGCAAAAUAGGCAAAACAAAUCUGCUCUUUAUCUGUAGGUGGACAUGCAGCCUCUGGGGCAAACGUUUCACUGGAUUUAGGUGGGGUUUUUUUUUUAUGCACAGCAGCAUCUGGUCCAGAGUGCAUCCCGUCAGGGCUCUAAAAAAAGAAAUCCGACGGGGGCUGCUGCAGAUGUGUUCAAUGGCCUAGAUUAGGCAAUUUUUAGUGUAGUUUUUAAUAUUCCAUCAGGAAUCCCCCCCCCCCCAAAAAAAAAAAAGACUCAUCAAUGUUAAAGCAAUACACAGUCAAUAAGCUUAAGGCUUCUGUGAAGAGGACAGUCUGUGGCUUACAUUUUACUCGAGGUGCCUUCUUCACUCCUCCUUCUCUUACACUCUGCAGUCCCACUGGCCUACAUAAAAAUCUACAGUCAUGGUCAGGAAAGUUACUGAGCUCAAGUUACAAAAGUAUUCAUGCUUUUUAAAAUGUAUAAUUAGUUGACAUCAUGUGACAUUAAUUGUGGUGUGUAUUUACAGUGCUGGUAUCAUGUGGUGGUAUCAUAUGAGUUAGAUUUUAUUCUGAGCCUCAGAUACAGCUUUGUUUAGUCUGUGGCCAAGAUUUCCAUAAAUCUAAUAAAAAUGCUUUUAGUGUCAGCCACCACAUGUCAUUAUGUUGAUGGCUAAAUAUGAAUGGCAAAUGAGCUUUCCUUCUCCUCUCCACAGAUGUUUAAGAUUUCAAAGGUAUUUUUGCUGUACUUUUGACUUUUUAAAAUCUUUCUCUGAUCGUAGUCUACCAGCAAACUCCUCAACCAGGUUUUUUUAAUAUGUCAGUAAAGCAGCUGUUAGAACAUUUUCUCUAUGCACAUAUAACUGAUAUUGGAUCACAUGUACUGUAGGUUUUCUUCUCCUCGGUGUCCCAUAGUAAUACCAGUCAACAGUGAUGUUGACAUCUAUUACUGAAGAAUAAUUACUUGAACUACUGAGCGAGUAAGAAUAAAAAAUAACCUAACAAGCUGCUGAAAUGUCUGCUCUAAAACAGAAUUUAACUCUCCCACGAACACACACACUACCUCACAGUCUGUAUUCUUAACUGCCUUGUAAAAUAACAUUAUCCGCUGAACAAUUAAUUGCUCACAAUACUCGCACUACAGUGGUUAAGCUAGUUGUUUUGUCCUUAUUGUUGUUGAUUAUAUGAAAUUACUUCCAGGCUGAUCCUUUCUGUAGUUUAUGUGGAUAACGCAACUCAGUCAAGGCUCAAAGUCAAAGUAGUGAGGGUUAAUUGGCUUCUCUGUGCUUGGAUUAGGUGUUCCUCUUCAUCUUAAUACCUUGAAAUAUCCUUUUUGCUAACAAACUGCUGUAAUUCAGUCAAUUGUGGCUUGUAUGUAAAUGUUUUCCCCAACUGUGACCAAGCAAGCUAAGCUUUAUAUAACUAUUCAUGUAGCAUUCUCAUUUUAUCUAUUUGAGAAUGACCAACAGAAGGGUUGGCUAUGCACUGUUUUCAUAAUGUUAACAGUGUCCUAAUGUUGAAGCCAGUAGCUCCUGAGCUGAGUAAACCAGUUCAGUAUAAAAAUGUACUGUAUUUGCUGUGUGGGGUCAUUUUUAAGAUUUUAGUCAGGGUUUCUAAUGGAUGGUGAAAGGACCCUGACCAGUGUCACACUGGUACAUUUCUGUCUCCAGUUUUGGAAUCCAGAUUAAAAAAAAACAUCUGGUUGUGUACAAAGAAACUGUGUGUUGUGCCUGUUUGACAAGGUACUGUUCUUGCUUUUGCUUGAUGAAUAUUUCUUUUACAUGUCAGUGAGGAUUAUUGAUUUUAUAGUGAAAUGUCAAUCACAGAUGAAAUAUUUGAAAUGUGACACUGUUGUGUCUCAUAAUAAUAUUAAACACAUUUUACACCACA